CUCAAUUCCAUUUACCCUUCUCCUCUGCACCUAUCAAUUUCAUGAUCCCUGAGCUGGUAGUUCCUCUUUUGCCCAAAGACAAAGUAAAAGCAAGCAAUCCUCUGUCUUCUUUGCAGAUCAGAACCUUAAAGACAACAUGGGUACUCUCUGAUACCUUUUCUUCCAGCACACAUAUUUCUCCUUCUUUUUGUUUUACCUCAUGGUUUAUUUUGUAGCUUCUUAAAUGAUACUGUAUUAGUAAGCAAAAAUCUUUCCUCUGCAACUCUCUGUCUCAUGGAUUCUGGUAACAGUGGUAGUAUUCAAUCUUCCAGUGGUGGCAGUGAGGAGUAUGAUUCACGCGCCGCUGACUCAAUCUCAGCUUUCUUGAACAACACCCCAUCCAUCCCCAACCACAACCAACCACCACCACACAACCAGACUCAUUCCUCUGCAUCUAUGUUUGACUCUUUAUACUUUGAUCCUUCAUCAAGAUCAUCUGCAAACCCAAAUUCUCUCCUUAAUCUUGAUAUGGUUUGGGCGAAAGGUCUAAGAUCCGAGUCCAAUUGCAAUGAACUUGGUGGGUUCAUGGCGGCCACACCUACUACCCAACAGUUGUUGACCAACCAACAGGGCCAAAACAGAGGUGGUGGGGGUUUUCCUCCUGCACACAUCUCUCAAGGAGUACCAGAAAAGGGGACAGUCUCAGGUUCAGUUUCAGGCACGAGUGACCAAAUUGCAAACAACAACAACACCAGCAACAACAUGGUUCGGAACCCAAAGAAGAGAUCCAGAGCUUCCAGGCGUGCACCCACAACGGUUUUGACAACAGACACCACCAAUUUCCGAGCUAUGGUUCAGGAGUUCACGGGGAUCCCUGCACCACCCUUCACCUCACCUUUUCCAAGAAGCCGGCUGGAUCUAUUUGGAAUGGCAUCUUCCAUGAGAUCAACACCCCAUUUGGACCCUUCACAUCCUCCGUAUCUUUUGAGACCAUAUCCUCAAAAAAUCCAGCAACCCCAAUUUGUUUCAUCAUCUUCUUCAAUGGUUGAUGCUAUAGCUGCUACAACUAGGACUAACAACAAUGGUACUUCCAGUUCAACUUCCAUUAACUUCCAACUUCCAUCUGAUCAGUUAGGCCUUUUAAAGCAGCCGCCUCCUCAGAAUCUCCUGCAAAACCCAGUUCUUAAUUUCCAGUCUCUCCUUCAACCCCCUCCCAAGUAUCCACUUUCUGAUUCAGGUAUUCUGGGGACCAAGCUCCAAGGAUCUUUAGACAUCCCAUCAAGUGACUCCUCUCUCAGAAUGGGUGUGUUGGAUGAGUUCGGGCUGAGCCAUGGUCAUGGUGGCACGACUCUUAGUGGGCUUCAAAACAUGAUAUCACCGGACGGGUCCUUGCCAAGGAGUGACAACAUUACUAAUCCCCCGAGAUGGGGAGACGCAGGAGCAGGAUCGCAUGAGAAUCAUGAUCAAGGUCUGUUAAAGUCCAUCCAUGGCAAUGGGAAACUCAGCUUCUCAGGUUCUUCCUCAGAUUUUCGUGGCGGUAAAGGGCCGGAAAAUGCAACUACUAGAGGUGAAGGCAUGGUGGAAUCAUGGAUAUGCUCCUCAGAUUAGAAAACCAAAUAUGGAGGAAAUCAUGGUGAGUAUAUCUCAUUAAACAUGAGAAAUGGUCGAAUCUCUAUGUUCUCCAUAUUAACCAUGACUAUUCAACAUGAUUGAAACAUUGUUUUUUUCCUUUUUUUCCCAAAAAAAAAAAAAACGUUAAUUAGAGUAUAUGUAAAUAAUAGCUUCUAUUUUUGUGUCACGUUUUCUUACAAGAUCA